GGCCCCUCAUGGCGGCGGGGCGGGCGCUGGCGGCGGGGCCGGGCGGCCAUGGAGCACAUCAGCACCCCGAAGGUUGAAAACGUGAAGUUGCUGGAUCGCUACGCCAACAGGAAGGCAGCGACCGGGACCUUGUACCUGACAGCCACGCACCUGAUCUACGUGGAUGCCUCUGCUGAAGUCAGGAAGGAAACAUGGAUCCUGCAUCACCACAUCUCCAGCGUGGAGAAGCUGCCCCUGACCACGGCCGGGUACCCCCUGCUCAUCCACUGCAAGAACUUCCACGUGGCUCACUUUGUCAUUGGGCAGGAGCGGGACUGCCACGACGUGUUCACCUCCCUGCUCAAGCUCUCCCAGCCAGUGAAACCCGAAGAACUUUAUGCUUUCUCUUACAAUCCUAAAAUGUCCAAAGAGAACCGGGAAAUGGGAUGGAAACUGAUUGAUUUGAAACUAGAUUACCAGCGCAUGGGAAUUCCCAACGACUACUGGGAAGUAACGGAUAUUAAUAAGGACUAUGAGGUUUGCAGCACGUACCCUCCUGAAAUUGUGGUGCCUCGAGCUGCCACCAAGGCAGUGGUGAUGGGAAGUUCAAGGUUCAGGAGCCGAGGGCGGAUUCCGGUGCUUUCUUACUUAUAUAAGGAAAACAAUGCCGCCCUGUGCCGCUGCAGCCAGCCCCUGGCCGGGUUCAGCGCGCGCUGCCUGGAGGACGAGCAGAUGCUCCAGGCCAUCCGAGAGGCCAACCCCGGCAGCCCCUUCAUGUGGCUUUAUUUCCUCUGUGCAUGUAUGUCUGUGAAAAGCUUGGGAAUUCUCUUGCUAUUUCUGUACCACCAUUUGAAUGCCAUGGCCAACAGAGCUGCUGGGAAGGGCUAUGAGAAUGAAGAUAAUUAUGAAAACAUUCGUUUUAAGUUCAUUGGCAUAGAGAACAUCCAUGUGAUGAGGAGCAGCCUGCAGAAACUGCUGGAAGUGUGUGAGAUGAAGUCUCCCUCCAUGAGCGAUUUCCUGACGGGGCUGGAGAACUCGGGCUGGUUACGGCACAUCAAGGCUGUGAUGGAUGCAGGUGUCUUUCUGGCCAAGGCUGUGAGGGAGGAGAGGGUCAGCGUGCUGGUGCACUGCUCCGACGGCUGGGACCGCACGGCCCAGGUCUGCUCCCUGGCUGGCCUCCUCCUGGACCCCUUCUACAGGACCUUCAAAGGCUUCAUGGUCCUGAUAGAAAAGGAGUGGAUUGCAAUGGGCCACAAGUUCUCACACAGGUGUGGCCACCUGGAUGGGGACCCCAAAGAGGUGUCCCCUGUGUUCACCCAGUUUGUGGAGUGUGUGUGGCAGCUGAUGCAGCAGUUCCCCUGCUCCUUUGAGUUCAACGAGCGCUUCCUGCUCGAGAUCCAUGACCACGUUUAUUCCUGCCAGUUUGGCAACUUCCUGGGCACCUGCCACAAGGAGCGGGAGGAACUCAGAAUCUUUGAGAAGACCCAUUCUCUGUGGCCUUUCCUCUUACAGAGGAAGCAGGAGUUGAGAAAUCCUUUGUACAGAGGGUUUACAGCUUACAAAGAGCUUCAACCAAACACUCUACCUUUCAGUUUCCAGUUCUGGUGUGGGAUGUACAAUCGCUUUGACAAGGGCAUGCACCCGAAGCAGUGUGUGCUGGACCAGCUGCUGAGCUGCAUCAGCCAGAAGGUGACACUGGAGGACAACGCAUCCGAGCUGGAAAACAAACUCCCUUUCCUCGACGGCCCCUUGCCCAGUGAAGGCUGCUCCUCACCCAAGGCAGGACCUGCUGCUGCCAAAGCCCCAACUCCUUCUCAGGACUGUGGAGAGGGAGCAGCCCCUGUGCUGAGCAAUGGCCCCUCCCUGGGCCACCAGAAGCACAAGGAGAGCCCAGCCCAGCCCCGGGAUCUCGGAGCCUCCACAGGGGAUGGGCAGGCUCAGCACCAGGGAUGAGCUCUGGGAGCUGCUGGGUGAAGCUCUGGGGAGCUGCUGCAGCCCCCAUUUGCAGCUGUGUGAGUAGGGGUGUG